GAAGUCUAGACGAUGCAGAAAAGAGGGAGAGAGAUUCUCUCUCACCGCAUGCCGUUUUACUUUCCUUUGCCACCUAACCAACCACAAACCCACCACCGCCCACCCACUCACCAAACCAAAGCUCCCACCUUUAUUUGUCUCGUCUCCGACUUUUCUUUCCACGCCUCUUCUCUCGUCUUUCUCCAUUCUUGCUUCUUCCUUGCACCAACUCUUCAAUGGAGGCGAAGCUAUUGAAUGCUUCCCCUGCCUCCCCAGUAUUUGCGCCUUCUCCCCAUGUGUCCAAGGUUCUCAGGACAAGUUGCUGCUUUGUUCCCAAAACAGGGAAUUUUCCUCUUAAAUUUCCGCAGCUAAGCUUGCCAAGGAGCCGCAUUCCAUCUAUUCCAGCAUCUGCUUCUUCCAUUGGGUUGGAAAAGAAGAAAAGGGUUGAUGAGAGUCAGAAUUUGACCCUUGAACAUAUUAGACAUUCCUUGAUUCGACAAGAAGAUAGCAUAAUAUUUAGCCUUUUAGAGAGAUCACAAUACUGUUAUAAUGCUGAUACUUAUGACCCAGAUGCUUUUGCAAUGGAUGGUUUCCAUGGCUCUUUAGUAGAGUUCAUACUCAAGGAAACUGAAAAGCUUCAUGCUCAGGUUGGCAGAUACAAGAGCCCUGAUGAGCACCCUUUCUUCCCUGACCUGCCAGAGCCAGUAUUGCCACCUAUGCAAUACCCACAGGUGCUACAUCCUGUUGCUGAUACGAUUAAUAUAAAUAAGAGAGUCUGGGACAUGUACUUCAGGGAUCUUCUUCCACGAUUGGUCAAGGAUGGAAAUGAUGGCAAUGCUGGAUCUGCUGCCGUUUGUGACACAAUCUGCCUGCAGGUUCUCUCAAAAAGAAUUCACUAUGGAAAGUUUGUAGCUGAAGCCAAAUUUCGGGACUCUCCAGAUGCAUAUGAAGCUGCGAUUAGAGCACAGGACAGAGAAAGAUUGAUGGAUUUGCUGACAUACAAGAAAGUUGAAGAGGCAAUAACAAAGAGAGUGGAGAUGAAAGCUAUGACUUUCGGGCAAGAGGUGACGGUAUAUAGUGAGGAUGACAGGCAUGACCCAGCAUACAAAAUAGAACCAAGCUUGGUUGCCCAUUUAUAUGGGGAGUGGAUAAUGCCAUUGACAAAAGAAGUUCAAGUUAUGUAUUUGUUGAGAAGGUUAGAUUAAACUCUGCCAUGGCUGUUUAUGAUUAAAUAGAGUUUCUUUUGAUAGCAGCCAGGUUGACGCUUUUGCUACAAAAUAACAGAGAGAUGCACGAUUGCUAUGUAAAAUAUCAUUAAACAGUUGCAUAUGUUUCCACUAGGAUGGUGCUGUUUAUUAAUCAUUAUCAAUGCAUGAAAAAGUGUACUUGCUUGUGGGUU